GAGAUGGAGAAACGUAGAUACAGAGAAAGAGAGAAAGAGUGAGAGACAUUGACACAGAGAGAGGGAGAGGGAGAGAUUGAAUUCACCUUUAUUCACGACAUUUAAUUAUUUCCCUACUGAUCAAUCACCUUUCAUAGGUCUCGAUUACAAGAUAUCAGCAGAAUUAAAUCAAUAAUAAAAGAGCGAGCGGGCGAGAGAGAGAGCAGUAGGAGGAGCAGCUCAUUGUCCCUCUGUGCUCCCCCGCUCCGCCAUUGGCCCUCCACACACACCGUGACCCCUGGGGCCUGGAGCCGGUGGUCAUGUGACCUGCAGAAACUGACCAGCAGAGUCCAAGCUGAGAGGCGGAUCAGUGUGAGGAGAGCAGAGGAGGGAUACACACUCAUACACACACACAUACACACACACACUCACAGAGGGACAGAGAGAAACACACACACAGAGAGAGUCAUGAGGCCUUCCGCUCGCCUCUGAACCGAUGACAGCGAAGCAUCCACAGACAUGAGAUGGAUUCGUGGGAAGAUGACCAGGCUGAGCAGCGCUCUUGUCUUAUAUGUGGAGACCGCGCCACAGGACUGCACUAUGGCAUUAUUUCCUGCGAGGGCUGCAAGGGUUUCUUCAAGCGCAGCAUCUGCAACAAGCGUGUGUAUCGAUGCAGCCGCGACAAAAACUGCGAGAUGUCCCGCAAACAGCGCAACCGCUGCCAAUACUGCCGCCUGCUCAAGUGCCUGCAGAUGGGCAUGAACCGCAAAGCUAUCCGAGAAGAUGGCAUGCCGGGAGGAAGAAACAAAAGCAUCGGCCCUGUACAGAUUUCCGAUGAAGAGAUCGAGCGGAUUAUGUCCGGACAGGAGUUUAAGGAUGAAGCCAACAUGCCGGAGCACACAUGGGGAAACAACGGCGACAGCGACCACAGUUCACCAGGCAAUGGAGUCUCGGAUGGGAAUCAGCCGUCGCCCGUGUCCACACUGUCAUCCAAUCGCUCUGUGGAGCUGAACGGCUACACCACGGCUCUGAGGGAGCAGUAUAUCGGCAACGCUAUGGCUCAACACUACCAGUUCCUGCCUCAUCUGUUCGGAUACGCAGCGCAGCCGCGGAGUCUGUACCCGCAGAGCCACACGCUCAUCAGCCAGCUGGUGGCAGCAGAGGAUCUGGCGCCCCUGGGCACACCCAUGCUCAUCGAGGACGGGUAUCGAGUGACUCAGGUGGAGUUGUUUGCUCUGCUGUGUCGUCUGGCCGAUGAGCUGCUCUUCAGGCAGAUCUCCUGGAUAAAGAAGCUGCCGUUCUUCUGCGAUCUCUCCAUCGAGGACUACACUCGACUCCUGAGCGCCACCUGGCAGGAGCUCAUCCUGCUGGCCUGUCUGACCGUCUACAGCGCGCAGGUGCUCGGAGACCUGGCCAACGUCACACACAAAUACACACCGUCAGACGACGAGCUGCACAGUUUCAGUGAGGAUGGGAUGGAGGUGAUGGAGAAGCUGAUCUAUCUCUUCCGCAAGUUUCACCAGCUGAAGGUCAGCAAUGAGGAGUACGCCUGCAUGAAGGCCAUCAACUUCCUUAACCAAGAUAUCCGUGGCCUGACCAAUGUGACGCAGCUGGAGCAGUUGAACAAGCGUUAUUGGUACGUUUGUCAGGAUUACACGGAGUACAAGUACCCUCACCAGCCCAAACGCUUCCCCGAGAUCAUGAUGUGUCUGCCAGAGAUACGCUGCAUUGCAGGGAAGCUGGUGAACAUCCCUCUGGAGCAGCUCCCUCUGCUCUUCAAGGCAGUAUUGCACUCCUGUAAGUCCAGUCUGAGCAGCUACAGGACAAGCUCCUCCCCCUGCGUGACGAAGGGUACCGCUCCUGCCAACUAGCCACGCCCCUUUCCUAGAAACACCCUCCCCAUCUAUUGCACGGGGGCGGGGUGUUCCUUGGGGGCGGGGCUUCCGGUACCUCCUCCUCCUCUCAUGAAUGUGACAAGAAACUAUUUUAUGCAUUUGGUUUAGAGUAGCGUUGAUGUUGUUGUUUUUAUUUCCCUCUCUCUCUAUUUAUUACCAGACAGAGCUGAAUGUAUGUUGAUCCACACUGUGCACAUGCUCCUUUCUCGAAUGGAAAUGCACAACAAGCGCGGUGGAUUUUCACACGCUUCAGUCCAACUGCGAGAUGUGACUCGAUGGGAUUAGAUCUACUGCUUGGGUUUAUUGUUGAUCACUAUCGUUAGGGACAGAUUGUCUCUUUAUUGAAAGACUACCUCAGGACGAACAUGCUUCGCGUAUUCUCUCUCUCUCUAUGUUUUAACGGGAAGUUAACGUUCGACGAUGUGCCUCCAGUUUCACAAUGUCUACUUAUUUUUUGAGGCGUUUGCCUAAAAAAUGGUUAUCAUAUUCAGUAGUCGCGUAAACGAUUGUUUUUAGCAUUUCUAUACUCUAAAUGCUGCAUUGUCGUAAUCUAACAUUGGGUUAAAUAAUGACAAACCAAAACGUUGGGUUAAAAAGAUCUCAUUUAAAGCGAUAGUUCACCUAAAAAUGAUCAUUUACUCACUUUUAACACAAAAGAAGAUAUCUUGAAGAUUGCUGGAAACCUGUAACCAUUCACUUCCUUAGUAGAAAAAAUGAAUGGACGUCAAUGGUUACAGGCUUUAACAUUUUUCAAAAUAUCUCCUUUUGUGUUCAACUCAAACAAUGGUGAGUAAAUAAACUAAUUAAAAUUUUUGUGGUGAAAGAUUAUUUUAAAUGUUCCUAUACUUUAAAUGCUGGGUUGUCUUAAUCUAACAUUGGGUUAAAUAAUGACCAACCAAAACGUUGGGUUAAAAAAGACGUCAUUUAAAGGGAUAGUUCACCUAAAAAUGAUCAUUUACUCACUUUUAACACAAAAGAAGAUAUCUUGAAGAAUGCUGGAAACCUGUAACCAUUCACUUCCUUAGUAGAAAAAAUGAAUGGAAGUCAAUGGUUACAGGCUCUAACAUUUUUCAAAAUAUCUCCUUUUGUGUUCAACGCAGGAAAGAAACUCAAACAAGAACGAGUACAUAGAUGUGUAAUUUUGGUGGUGAAAGAGGGUUUUUAAUGUUUCUAUACUCUAAUGCUGGGUUGUUGUAAUCUAACAUUUGGUUAAAUAUCAACAAACCAAGCUGUGGGGUUAAAAAGACGUAAUUUAAAGGGAUAGUUCACCUAAAAAUGAUCAUUUACUCACUUUUAACACAAAAGAAGAUAUCUUAAACAAUGCUGGAAACCUGUAACCAUUCACUUCCAUAGUAGGAAAAACUAAUUGAAGUAAAUGGUUACAGGCUUUCAACAUAUAAAUAUCAAAAUAUCUCCUUUUGUGUUCAACACAAGAAAAAUUCUCAAGCAGAUUUAAAACAAGGGUGAGUAAAUAAACUAACUAAAAUUUUUCUUGUGAAAGAUGCUUCUUAAUUUUUCUAUACUCUUAAUGCUGGGUUAUAAUCUAACAUUGGGUUAAAUAUAGACAAACCAAACCGUUGGGUUUAAAAAAAAUUAUUUAAAGGGAUAGUUCACCUAAAAAUUAUCAUUUGCUCACUUUUAACACAAAAGAAGAUUUUUUGAAGAAUGCUGAAACCUGUAACCAUUCACUUCUAUACUAGGAAAAACAAAUGGAAGUCAAAUGGCUUCCAACAUUUUUGGAAAUAUCUUCUUUAGUGCUUAACACAACAAAAGGAAGUCAAUGGUUACUGGCUUCUACGUUUUUUCAAAAUAUCUCCUUUUGUGUUUGGAAUAAGGGUGGGCAAAUACUUACAUUUAAAUUUUGGUGGUGAAAUAUAAAUUUAAAUGUUUCUAUACUCUAAAUUCGAGGUUGUUGUGAUCUAACAUUCAGUUAAAUAUUGACAAACCAAGCCGAUGGGUUAAAAAAUAUAUAAUUUAAAGGGAUAGUUCACCUAAAAUUAUAAUUUACUCACUUUUAGCACGAAAGAAGAUAUCUUGAGGAAUGCUGAAACCUGUAACCAUUCACUUCCAUAGUAGAAAAAAAUAAAUGGAAUUCAAUGGUUACAGGCUUUAACAUUUUUCAAAAUAUCUCCUUUAGUGUUGAACACAAGAAACACUCAAACAGGUUUAAAAUAAGCAUAGGUAAAUAAACAAAUUAUCAUUUUUGUGAUGAAAGAUUAUUUUAAAUGUUUCUGUACUCUAAAUGCUGGGUUGUCAAAAUCUAAUAUCGCGUUAAAUAUUGACAAACCAAAGCGCUGGGUUUAAAAACUUUUAUUUAAAGGGAUAAUUCACCUAAAAAUGAUCAUCUACUCACUUUUAGCACAAAAGAAGAGAUUUUGAAGAAUGCUGAAACAAGUAACCAUUCGCUUUCAACAAAUGGAAGUAAACUGGUUACAGGCUUCCAACAUUUUUCAAAAUAUCUUCUUUUAUGUUCAACACAAGAAAGAGCGGUUUGAAACAAAGUAAAUGUAAUGUAGUAAAAUGUAGUAAAAUAACCCACUCACUUUCAGCACGAGAGAAGAUAUCUUAAAGAAUGCUGGAAACCUGUAACCAUUCGCUUCCAUAGUAAGAAAAAACAAAUGAAAGUCAAUGGUUACAGCCUUCCAACAUUUUUCAAAAUAUCUCCUUUUGUGUUCAACAGGUUUGAAACGAGCGACUAAUUAAAUGAAUAAUUAAUGUGGUGAGCUGUCUCUUUAAAUCAAAUUAAAACGCUUAAAUUUGUAUUUAAAUGACUCUUUUCAACCCAAUCGCAUUUGUUUUAAGCGUGCGCAGAAGUCGUCGUGAUGUUUACACAAAAGAGAGAGACGUACGGCUGCAUUUCACAAUCAUAGGCUGGGGAUUAAACCAGGAUUUUACUUGACGACAGUAUGUGUUGAGAUUUUGUGUUUGUUGAUUUUUCUUUCUUUCUUUUUGACCAAAGUGAUAUGCAAAUUUGGAGGGAAGUAAGCACGGCUUGGCUCCGCCCUCAGUGGGAAGAAGUGCUUAUCUUUAGCAUCCGCCAAAUGUUUAGCAUCUGUGGUUUUGAAUGAACGUAUAUAUAUUUGAGCAUAAAUGUGGAUUUCCUUCCCUCAUGUUGUAAACAGGGUAAAGUUGCUGUUUUUGAAUUGACGUUCGCCCUCUCUCAGAUAUAAUGCAGUGCUGAUGUACUUGUAGGUUUAGUAGUUUGUAGUGUCCAGGACAUCGUAGGUCCUUGUAGAGGUUUUUUAAUUUGGUUUUAUGAGAUCGGGGGAGGGGUUGUUUUUGUUUUUGGCUUGUUUUCGAGUAUCAAAAUGCAAUGAGUUUUACUGUAUGCGGCAAUUAAGACAUUCCAGACACGUUCGCUAUGCGUCGAGUAAUGUUUACAUAUUUGCACCAGACAAUGAAAGAGCAGCUAAACCAACCUGUAUGGUGGACCAUUACCGCUCUGUGUGUCCUUAAUAUUCUGCAUUUCAUCCAUCAUCUUUUCAUUCAUUACAUUUAUUUCACCGCAAAAACACUAAAAUGCUUUGAUUGCGUAGAGUUUUGGUCUUGCUUCUAGUCUAAAUAUGUCAAAUUUCGUAAAUCAAGAAGCAUCUUCAUAGACAAGUGUAAAAUAUUAGAUAAAAAUGAGUCAAAAUUAAGUGGGUUUUUGAUUAAAGCAAGCAAAACAAUCUUGUUUUUAUAAUUAUAUUUAUAAUUUGCUCACUUUUAGCACAAAAUGGGAUAUUUUGAAGAAUGCUGAAAACCUGUAACCAUCCACUUCCAUAGUAAAAAGAGCAAACGGAAGUCAAUGGUUACAGGCUUCAACAUUUUUUAAAAUAUCUCCUUUUGUGUUCAACACAAGAAAGAAAUCUUAACCGGUUUGAAACAAGGGUGACGUCAUUUGCAUCCAAGACGUCAGUGUUUCUCAACCACGUUCCUGGAAGACCACCAGCACUGCUGUUUUGGAUGUCUCUUUUGUCUAUCACACCCAAUACAGGUCUUUCUGUCUCUGCCAGUGAGCUGAUGAUCUGAAUCAGGUGUGUUUGGUUAAGGAAAAUGCGCAGAGCUGGUGGUCCUCCAGGACUGUGGUUGAGAAACACUGGUCUAGAACCUCCUCAGCCUUCCGCAAUGGACUUUCAGUUCAUAUUUCAGCACAAAAUGUCUCAUUGUAGUCCAAAUAUCUAAAAUUUCUUAAGUCAAGAAGCAUCUUCAUAGACAAAUACAAAAUAUUGUUGUUUUUUUUCAGAAAUAUUAAGUCAAAAUUAAGUCCGUUUUUGAUUAAAACAAGCAAAAUAAUCAGUUUUUUUAUUCAUUUUGACGUAAGAUUGUUUUGAUUAGCCCAUUAUGAUAUGUUAUCAUAAAAUAUCUCAUAAUACACAGCUGAUUUUACGAUACCUUAAAUCAUAAUGGGUUAAAAAUGUAAUUUAAAAGGAUAACUCACCUAAAAAUUGUCAUUUGCUCAGUUUUAGCUGAAAGAAGAUAUCUUGAAGAAUGCUGGAAACCUGUAACCAUUCACUUCCACAGUAGGAAAAAACAAAUGGAAGUCAUUUGUUACAGUUUUCAACAUUUUACAAAAUAUCUUCUUUUGUGUCUAACACAAGAAAGAAACUCAAACUGGUUUAAAACAAGGUGGCUGUCAUUUACGUCAGCAACGUCUAGAACUGUGUUUCUCAACCAUGUUCCUGGAUGACCACCAGCACUGCAUGUUUUAGAGGUCUCUUUUGUCCGUCACACCCAUUACAGGAUUUUCAGUCUCUGCCAAUGAGUUGAUGAUAUGAAUCAGGUGUGCUUGGUUAAGGAGAUACGGAAAAUGUGGUUGAGAAAUACUGGUCUAGAACAUCCUCAGCCUUCCUUAAUGGACUUUAAGUUUAUAUUUUAGCUGGAAAACACUGCGCGAAGUAUCCCGUUUUUAGUCCGAAUAUCUAAAAGUUCUUAAAUCAAGAAGCAUUUUCUGGACAAGAACGAAACAUUGUGCUGUUUCAGAAAUGAUGAUUAAGUAAGUUUUUGAUUAAAAACAAACUAAAUGAUCUUGUUUUUCAUUUAGACAUGAGAUUAUUUUGCUUAGCCCGUUAUGAUAUAAGGUUACUUAAAAAAUAAUUCUGUAUAUUACAGCUGAUUUUACGAUACCUUAUAUCAUCAUGGGUUUAAAAACAUGUCAUUUUAAGGGAUAGUUCACCUAAAAAUGAUAAUUUACUCACUUUUAGCACAAAAGAAGAUAUCUUGAAGAAUGCUGGAAACCUGUAACCAUUCACUUCCACAGUAGGAAAAACAAAUGAAAGUCAAUGGUUACAGGCUUCAAAAUUUUUCAAAAUAUCUUCUUUUGUGUUCAACACAAGAAAAAACUCAAACUGGUUUGAAACAAGGGUGACGUCAUUUACGUCAGAGACAUCUAGCACAGCCUCAGCCUUCCUCAAUGGAUUUUCAGCUCAUAUUUCAGCAGGAAAACACUGCACAAAAUGUAAAAUGUCUCAAAUAUCUAAAACUUCUUAAACCAGGAAGCAUUUUUCACACAAGCACAAACCAUUGUGUUUUAUUUUAGAAAUAAUAGGUCAAAAAAAAUAAAUAAAUAAUAUAUAUAUAUAUAUAUAUACACACACACACACACACA